UUCGUCUCAGACGCAUUUUACCGCCGACGCGAAGCUCACGCCUGGUGGAUAACUGCGAGCGAGCGCUCUAUUGAUUUCUUGCGUUUUGAUCUUGCUGUGCGGUCGCCAUGUCUGGCCGAGGAAAGGGCGGAAAAGGACUCGGAAAAGGAGGUGCGAAGCGUCACCGCAAGGUUCUUCGUGACAACAUCCAGGGGAUCACGAAGCCAGCUAUCCGUCGUCUAGCGCGCCGUGGCGGCGUGAAGCGAAUCUCCGGUCUCAUCUACGAGGAGACGCGAGGUGUGCUGAAGGUGUUCCUGGAGAACGUCAUUCGUGAUGCUGUCACCUACACAGAGCACGCGAAGAGAAAAACUGUGACAGCCAUGGACGUUGUCUACGCACUCAAGCGACAGGGCCGGACCCUGUACGGUUUCGGCGGCUAAUGGACUGUCAACGCUGCAACGGUCAGCAUUCCCGGUCUGGACUAUUCAUUUUGUGUACAAAGUCUCGCAGUACUGUUCGUCCCCAGUUUUUAACCACCCCGAGUCAUCCAUAGCCGCAUGUGUGAUGUUUUUUCAACAUGGCUGACGUCAAAACAAAAGGUGAAGCUGUAUUGUAGAAGCUGAUAGUGAAGCCUAUCGCUUGUCUUGUGCAUGAGUCAAUAAAAAUUGUCAUCGUCACCUUGGAA